UGGUGAAUCUGCAGUGAGUUUUGGACUUGAAAUGAAAAUCUGCUCAGGACUAAAUAAAGACAGUGCCAUAGUGAUGCAAUGAUUCCAAUGAACUCCUCCACAAUGAUAGAGAUUUCAACAUCUUGGGCAUUGUGUACUCUGCCAUACAGCUUUAGCGGAACUUUUCCGGAGUUCUGUAAUCUAUAUUUUCUUAAAAAAACAAAAAAUGUAAAAUUCAUACUGCUGCUAAAAUCAAACGAGCCAAACAUCAAACAUUUUUUUAUUAUUGGUAGAAAGUAAGAGCUUUUGCUGCAACCUUGAAUUAAAUUUGAUUUCUGGUGGUGUAAUGAAAAAAACUCAAUGGUUAUUUGAUAAUUAAUAAUAAUUAAUUGACAAAUUAAUUUUAGUUUGCUGUUGAAAAAUAUUAUAGUCAGAUUUUGUACAACUUAAUAAUACUAAAAUAAUAAUAUAGGUACAGUGAGUUAAUGUUGUUGUUUUUUUUUUUGCAUGGGAUUAAAGGUCAUAUGAGCAUAAUUGUCCAUUUCACUCUAUUUUCUUGAAUUAAAAAAUGAUUUAAUUGCUGCCAUCAAUGGACAAGUGUAUGUAAGAGUAGGAUAUGCAUAAUUACUCACUAUUAUGUUGGAAUUUACAUUAAUGUUUAUAUUUAUCCAGAAUGACUUACAUCAGUUUUCUACUCACCAUGGAAAACACCUUCAUGCUAAUAGGCCAUGAUGUACGAAAAUUCACCUAAGAUCUGAAUCGAAGAAUCUGUAACUGAGAAGGUUAAAUCUUUUACUCAGUGACUCAGCUGUUUAUUCAAGGAGGGGAAAUUUAUUGCAUCUCCAUGAUGCCAAUUCUACAAAAAAGUCUUGAUUUUUAUUCCUUGUAUUUUGAAUCAUGUCAAGUUAAGGCAUGCUUCAAGCCAUAUGUUUGAAUCAUAGGUUACUAAGAUGUAUUUGCCAGAUGUAAGAACAAAUUCUUCUUGAGGGUAAAUUAUUGAAAGGUCAUUCAAACAAUACCUGCCCAAAGACAUAUUUAAACGAUGUGUUAGGUUAUAUUACCUAUUAAAUCAUGUCACUGCUUUAAUCAGAUUUGUGAAUAUAGUUACAGGUUGUGUUAUUGAUUUCAAUGCCAGUUCCAAUUUUUCAAUGGAUUUGUAUCAACCAAAUGAAACCAUAAAUAUAUGAUUCUUAUAAAAAUCAUGCCACUUAGACUCUUUUCUUCGUUACAAAUUACUCAUUCUAUUUUAAGUCGAUUUAUCCACUUGUAAAUACAGUUAAGUGAAAGGAUAUUGAUCUCCCAAAAAAACUGGUAGACACUAAGAUAUGAUAGAUCAAUAAAGAAUCAGUUUUGUUUUACCAGACAAGUGCUAUUUAGGGGUGCAUAGCAUAACCCUGGCUAUAGCCGCACACAUGCAAAUCUUCAUGUGACCAGAGACACUGCUCUAUUUAUAACAGAGUGAGACAGAGGCCCCCACAUUCCCACAUACAAGGGCAGUGUGAACGCUGUGGACAGCGACAUGCCAACCUUGGGCAAUAUUCAAGGAUUUGGGAAAUAUUACUUGCACGUGAAGAUGCUGAAUCAUGCUGUGUAAACUCCCUUGUCAUGGAUGAUUUAGAGCACAGUGUUAUAAUAGCAGAGAGAGAUUGGGAGAGUUUCUAUGAGGAAAGUGAGGAAUGCUCUAUUCAACCAGCAUGGCUUGCAAGCCUGGAUGAGUCAGGCUUCAGUGACACUGAUGAUGAGAAAAAUCCCAGUCAAGAGCCGGUUUUAGAUCUCCAGGUCAAGUGUGACAAACCAAAAAAAGAGGCUGAUGCUACAUCACUGAUACAGAGUGGAGCUAAUGAUUGUAAAGCUGAAAAGCCCUCAGAGGAACCUAAAUUAUUAAAUUAUAAAAAAGAUGAUAAGAGAUGUGAGCAAAUUGAAAAGAUCAGUCUGAAUGAUGUCUCAACAACAUGUGCAUGCUUGAACCCAGAUAGCAGUGUGAGUGUAAAUCAUGCCAUUGUUACUGAUCAGCAACAUACUGCUUUAAGUAUAAAGGAUUUAAUAGCAAACAAUGAAAGUUGCAGUGAGAAUAAUUCAUGUAUCCAAGAUGUCGGGCAUGUUGGCAGCUCAGAAGGAGAAACAGUUUUGAAGGUUUUGGAAAGUUCAGCAACUACAAAAAAAGAGAAAGAACGAUGGUUUGUCACAGUAAAUGACAGUCCGAGAAUGCCAAGAGUAAAGUCUGGUCAAAAAAAAGAACAACAAAAAAAAAACUCUAAUAAGCUAGGCCAACAGAGCACAGCAAUAGAAAGAAAGUGCUCCUUCCCAAGCAAUAAAAAAGAAGAAGAAAUAAUGAAAAAUAGACAAAAAUUACAAAAUGGAUGUAUGCAACCACUCCAAACAUAUUCUCAAAAUACUGACUUUAAUCCAUCUCCUAAUUAUUUUCGUGAAGACAUUAAUUUAGGCUUAUGCAAUUAUCAAGAGGUAGUUUUAUCUUCUGUGAAAGAAAAGGAGGCCUUUGAAAAAUGCUCCACUUCUACAAUUUACUGCGCUUCAAAAGUAUCAUCACUUAUUGCUGAAGAGGAAAACACAAGUUGUGCUUUUAGUUUCAACUGCAAAGACAAUUCAGAUGUUCUUACAGAAACUGCAGCAAAUAAUCUUACAGCUUCUGUGAAUUCUCCUUUCUCAUUAAUGCUCACAGAUACACAAUCUCAAAAUGAAGAUCUAGCAAAUGACCAAAGCAUAGCCAAGGAUUUCAAAAACAUCACAAAGGCCACCACUCCAGAUCACCAAAUGACCAACAAUUUAAGCCAAAAAGUUAAUGAAGACACUCAAGAUGACAGUUCUAGAUUUAUUCUGAAUACAUGUUCAACAAAGCUGCAAGAGCAAGAGUAUCAAACAGAAAAGCAGGAAGAAAUGAAAGUACCCUCCCAGGAGAUAGAGAAUCUUCGAUCACAAAAGGAAAGUCUUGAAACAGCUGUAGGUCCAACUUGUCCAAUAUAUGCUCUUUCACCCUUCUGGGAUGACAUGGAGAAAUUGACAAUAAAUGACAUUUUACAUCUAAGAUCAGAUCAUAACAGAUCUCCUAUGAGCGUGAGUGUAAUUACUGAAGAGAGUGACGUCCAUCUUGAAGACAAAGAAUUGCUGAUUUCUAAACAUGACAGUCUACAGGAAAGUUCCUUGAUGGAUGACUCUGCAGACUCUGACUAUUUCACACAUGUGGAUGAGUCUAAACCAGGCCGUUCAAGCUGUGAACUCUCUAAUCUCUCUGAUUUUGAUGAGGAGUUUCUACAAAGUCCUGAGCCUCAACAUGUCAAAGAACAGAUGGAAAUAUUCAAAUCUACAUACACCCUAGGCCAUGAAUUUGAUUCAAAUAAUAAAAGUGAGUCUCUAGACACUAUUAAACUGAGUCAUCAGGAUGGAAUCCCACAUUACAUGUAUCCAAAUACAGAGGUACAAAGAUUAAUACUUGCAUCUAAUCAGGAUGGAGACGUGAAUCUCUUUGAACUGGAAGUUAUGAGGAAAACACCUGUUUUAACAUUUACCCAUUCAGCAGAUAAUCAAUCCAUGUUAAACUUUUCUGAGAUUAGUGAAGGGACUGGUACCUCAGACAUUAUCGCCAAAACUGCUAUGCCAUUUCCAUUUGUGCAAAAAAUGUCUGUAUGUGAGAUGUAUGAUGAUUUUUUCUCAGAUUUUGAGAUUGGGAAUUUUUUCUUUCCUUCAAUCCAAGAACAGCCGGUUCCUAUCUUCUCUGCCUCACGCUCAUUGUUAGAAGAUUUGGUAUUCCCAGAGGUAGAUCAUCUCGAAACUGACCCAGAUUUUAAAGACGAUAAUAUGCCAAUAAGGGACAUGACCUGUUUUAGCAGCCAGCCAGAGAUAUCUACCAGUCCCUCAGGGAUGCCAAACCUGUGCUUUUCCAUGAGCCAAAGAGGAAACUGGAGUAGUAUUUUCUCUCUGAGAAGAACCAGAUUUAUAGGAAAGGAAAGCACCUGGCACCACAAAGUUAGCUCUUGGAUUUUACCAAAAGAAGCUAAAAAGGCAACAUCAUAUCUCUCAAGAGCUCAGCAAAUAACACCACUAUUGCAAAUGGGAAACAAAUCCCUCCUACAACUGGCCGAGCCACAGAAACAUGCUAUAAUUAUUUCAAACAAUGAAGACUUUUCUAUUAGGCAAGCAGAUAUGUGCCUGGUUUGUAUUGCCUUUUCUUCCUGGGUAUUGAAAUCCUCUAAUUCACAGUCUACAGACAUGUGGAAAGCAGGUGUGUUAAAAUAUCAUAAACAACACUAUAUGGCCAUGCGAAUGUAUAUUAGUGCAUUUAGACAUGGAGGUAUUUCAGUUCAAUUAGUUUCAUCAUUUCCUUCUCAAUUUCCAGCUCUCCUGGCAAGCGUAAGUGCAAUCUCAGCCAUCCAGUACAUGCGAAAUAUGGAAAAGGACACGGCUAAAGAUGGUCUAUGAUGUAUUUCCAAACUGUUAUCAGUAGGGGCCAGUUUAAAAGGAAAAAAAGGGUUCAUUUUGCACAAACUAACAUGUACAAUGUAAAUACACAAUGUAUUUGUCAGCCACUAGGUUUUGUUAUAUUCUGUACUUUAGUUUAUAAGACAUCUGCCAAUUUUGUACCAAAUACAGGAAGUUUAGUUUUUCACCAUUCACUUGAUUGUUAAAGUAACAUUGAUUCAUAUAGAGAGAUUAUGUUGAUAAGGACCAGAAGAGCACUAGCAGGCUUAUCAGAAAUGUGCUGAGCAAACAUACAUUGUGUAUAUACUUGUGAGUAAUAGAUUAUUAAUAAUAAUGUAUAUGAAACAAUUUUCCCUGAGAUCACUUUAAUAGUCUGGACUUCGUACUACUGCAGGCUGAAAUAGUUUUCUGUCAGUUGAGCUUCUGUUCUUCCUGCUUGGCCAGGAAACAUAUAAAAAUGUCAUCCUCUUGUUGUUUUUUCCAAACCUUUUGCAUGAGAUAUUUUUUUUUUUUAAAGAUGGUGACUAUUGUUGCAGCCAAAUGGAGUAGCUGGAUAAGUUUUUUUGUUUUUGUUUUUAAAUUAACAAUUUACAAAUGAACAGCCAGAAUUAUUUCAGACAUUUUUUAAAAAUUAUUAUGAAAAAUGUCUGCCAACUUAAUUAUGGACAUUUAAAACAGCAUUUUAUUCUGAAACCAGAUGCUUCAGCAACCAAUAUAAACAAAUUACACAAUAUUUAUGUGGAUGCAGCAUUAAAGUUCAUGAGGUGUGAAAUUAUGUUUUAAAAAAAAGCAAUACAUUCAUUUUUUUUUAAUUGUCAAAUGUGUUAAAGAAUAUUAAAGGAAAACUCCACCCUGAAUAUGUUUACACAUACGAUGUGCUUAGUUGUUGUGGUGAUAAUUUGUUGGGUGUUGCUGUUUGUUAUUCCCACAAGAAGUCACUAACAGGAGAAUAUUUUUUAACAAACAAAAAAGGAGAUUCUUUUCUCACUCGACAUUUUUACUCACCAGUGACUCCCAGUCAUAUUAUUGAAAAAAUCCAAAACAGACUUAGCAGAGUUCUCACACAUUUGAGCCAAAAGACCAAAAUGCUGUGCAUCUACUGUAUAUCACGCGGUUCUGAGUCACGGCAGAGAAUCAGUUUGCCUAGUUGGCGAUCUACAAGUUGACAAGCACAAUGGUGCUGACGGGAGGAUUAGCAUAAAAGCUGAUGUAUUGAAACCUGAUCUGGGUGAGCAGAGUGAACAAAUAAAGAGGUGACAGAAGGACCAACUAAAUCACUAAAAGGCAGCUGCAUUGCUCACUGUAGGUAUGAAGAUAAAAGAGAUGAAGUACAGUAUGGUGCUACAAUCAGCAGGGAGCCAAACUACAUUGUGAGAACCGUAAGAAACGAACAGACUGUAGAUGUUGAUAAAAUGUUUAACAUAAAAACAAAAAUAACAAACUCAGAAUUCCCUGAGAAUAUAAAUCUUGAAUAGCGCUGAUCACGUGUAAAUUAUACAGAUUAGUAUGCAAGUUAAUGAGGUUAGAUUUUGUUUCCCUUUACAAGGACAGUAUGUAUGUAAUAUUGUGUAUUAUCGUACAAGGUUAUAUUUUUUAAUCAAACCAUUCAUACAUUCAGUACACAAUUCAUAAAAAAUUACUUUCAGUAUUCACUGGUUUAUUGUAGAAAAUGCGGUCCUUUUGACUGUGUAAAGAAAAACAUUUUGACAUGAGAAUAAUGUGAAUAAUAGUUCUAACUGAUGUCCCUUUGGGCAAAAAUAACGACACUCCACUAGUGGUCACAGCUAGCUUUAUAUUGUUACUUAGACAUAAUACUUUAUCCAGAGAUAUAUGACAAUGGUGUCAAUUAAUUACUUAAUUGUUAUUAAUACAGUUUCAUUUGUAUUGCAAUAAACAGUCCAAAAACUAUUCUCUCUCUACUGUUAUAUACUGAUAAGAGUGUUUACUCCAGGAUAUACCUUAAAAAGAGAAGGUUAAAGAAAAGCUAUGAUACAGUAUUUAAAGCAUGCACUUACUGCACACAGGUUCUUUUGAUUUUCUGAGUCCAAAUCUAACAUGAAAACACUCAUUUACACAUAUAAUAUAUUAUUUAAUACAUAUACUAUGUACAGUAUCAUAGAGUAAGUUUCAAUAAAGUUUUAAACUUUAAGCUGUAUUGUGGAUAUUCGCAAUACUGGACAGCACCCUGCAAAUACUAAAUACAUCUAGUGCCUUAGCACAGCAACAAUAUUACAAUAGAUUUAAAUUUUUAACAGUAAAAACUGCUAAGUAAUAAUCAUGCAACAAAAAACAAGGUCAAUGUGCUUGGGGAAGAAAA